GUCCUGACCGCCCAGAACAAGCUCUUCUCUUUCGUUUCAUCGCGUAUUCGUACCUUACACCCACAAACCGAACGUGUACAAGUCCAACCAUGGCUCAGAAUCAGAUGCGCGCGGUGUUGGUCAGAGAUGGCAAAGGACCGAUUGAGAACCUCUACCUCGGCGAUGCCCCAAAACCUUCUCCGGGACCAGACCAGGUACUCGUGAAGAUUCGUGCCUUCGGACUCAACCGAAUGGACAUCAGCCAGCGGGAGGGCAAGUACCCCGUUCCCCCGGGAGCAUCGGAGAUCCUUGGGGUCGAGUUUGCUGGAACGGUGGCUGCGGUGGGUUCGGACGUUGACGCCUGGGCCGUAGAUGACGAAGUGUACGGCCUAGCAUCGGGGGGUGCCUACGCUGAAUACAUCGUCUUGCCCGCGACACACGUGCUGAAGAAACCGGCGCACCUGAACUGGGUCGAAGCUGCCUCCCUACCGGAAAACUUCCUGACAGCGUUCCAGGCUCUGAUCCUCAUUGGGGGUCUGCAGAAGGGCGAACACGUCCUAAUCCAUGCUGGCGCGUCCGGCGUCGGGGUAGCCGCCGCCCAACUCGCCAGGCUCUACGGCGCGAAGACGAUCACCGCCACCGCUUCGACGUCCGAGAAGCUUUCGUGGUUGCUUUCCUUGCCCGCCGGGCCGACGCACGCCGUCAACUACAAGACGCAGGACUUUGCGGAAGAAGUGAAGAAGGUCACGGACGGGCACGGCGCCGACGUCGUCAUCGAUUUCGUGGGCCAGAGCCAUUGGGCGCGGAACAUCGACGCGCUGGCAGUCGACGGGCGCAUGACGAUGUUGGCGCUCAUGAGCGGCGCCGAAGUUCCCAAAGCAAACCUCAUGCCAAUCUUGUACAAGCGUCUGCGGAUCCAGGGCUCGACCCUCCGCGCACGCUCUGUGGAGUACCAAGCUGAGCUUAUCCGCCGUUUCCAAACCGAAGUCUCCGACAAGAUCACGGGCGAGAAGGGCGAUGGGCAAAUCCGGACGUACAUCUACCACGUGUAUGGUUGGCAUGAUAUUCAGAAGGCGCAUGCGUGCAUGCAGGGAAACUCGAACAGCGGCAAGAUCAUCUGCGAAGUAGUAUGAGAGGUUCCGCGGUCUCGUAGGGGAUUGUGUGGGUUCGGAAUACAAUAAGAGUAUCCGUCGUAUGACCUCGAAAUUUUGCAGAUUGAGGCACAUGCCAUGCCUCCCUUCUUCUCCACAUCGCAUGUAGCUUGAUCAGGAGACCGUGCAAAGAAAUGUAUACGGAUUUUGACACCUUCGGUUGCUGAGACAGGGUGCGGGAGCGCUUUGGAGCCAUGAUGGCGAAGCCCGUGCGCUUUGGACAGCUCGUGCCGCGGAGCCCGUACCAUUGGUUCCGCGACGAAGCCACCAGGGAUCGGAUCCUCACCGGUGUCCAAGCCACGGACCGUGCCUUGCGUG